UAGAGCACACUGACAUGGUAGAUCUUCUGCUCUCUUACUAUAUUAAUCUGCGUGCUGUGUUUACGUGGUGCUAAUGCUGCAGUUGUAUCAAGGAAACUUGGUUUACAUAUACAUGAAAUACAGACUGAGAUGAUGGACAUGGUGAGAGUCCCUCUCCAUUCUGCAUUUGUGAGGUGCCAUCUGGUGAAUUGCAUCCAGGUUUGGGGACACCAGCACAGGAGAAGAUGUGGAUCUUUUGGAGAGGUUCCAGUGUAAGGCCAUGAAGAUAAUCAGAGGACUGGAAUACCUCUCCUAUGAAGACAGGCUGAGGGAGCUGGGCUUGUUCAAGAAGGCUAGACACUGGGUGAUACAUGGGAAUUAAUAAGAAGCAUCAAGCUGAUUGUUUUAAGGACCGGACAUGAAGAGGGCAAAAAAAAAAAAAAAACCCAAAAAACAACAAGGAAGAAAUUUGAGAAGAAUGGUGAAAAGAAUUACAAAUAGCAUGAUAUCUGGCUUGAUACCGGAGAAUCCUUACUAACAGCAAAAGUCUCUUGAUCCCUCCUUUCAGAGCACAUGGAACAGUCGGUUACUAGUUUGCAGAAUUGGUAGCGUCCUUAUGACUCAAGAUAAUGUCUCUUAAAAAGCUGGUCCGAACUUCAGCACAUCCAUGAAGGAGAAAGCACACUCACUAAGCCAAUUACACAGAAGAGAUGGUUCUGCUGGUGGCAAUAUCAGAGGUGCUGUUGCUUCUGGGAUUGGCAGUGGAGUCAGAUUCUCUCUGCACACCCACCAUGUUUUACAAGAACUGCUGGAUCCGACGCUUUCCUGGUCUUCUGAUCGACCUGCAGGAAUCACAGAAGAGAGGAGCCCAGGUGCUGAAGAUUUACGCAGAAGUCUCCUCCCAGCAGUGCAGCAGAACCUGCUGCCUUCAGAGGAAUGUUUCCUGUAAUCUAGCAGUGUUCUACCAUGGAGCUACUAAUGAAAAUAUGAAUUGCUUGCACGUGUCUUGCCCAGCACUGGAAAGUUGCAUACUAAAGGCUAGAAUCAACGUUGUUUUGUACAACAUCACGACAGGGAUUGAUCCAGACCUUCUUAUUUUUGAAAGACUGAAAUUCAAGGGGCCAAGUAUUUACACCUCGCAGAAUAAAUACGAAAGGCGAAACAGCACAAAGACCUCUGAGUGGGAAAGAUGCCAGCAUGGUAAUGUUACGUCAAGUUCACUUCUACUCCAAGCUCCAUCUUCUACCACCACCUCCAGCACAAGCCUGAUGGCUGUAAAAACAAAAGGCAGCACAUAUUCCAGGGAAUCAACUUCUCUGCUGGAUAACCAUUUGGCUAAGAGGACAAGCACAACUUCAGGAAGUACUAGACUAUCCACUAGCUCAGACAGAAGGACUAUACACUCAACUUUGAUACCUAAAUCUGCAGAGGUGUUAUCCCGCAUGCCCACUCCUCCUCAUCUGAACAGCAGCAAACAACACUUAAAUGAAACCAAAGGUUACAGUGGCAGGAAUUACACUUCAGACAAUGAAGCUCCUGUUUGGGAAGCUGCAGCUCUGGGUGUCUGGCUGAUUCCUGUUAUUCUCUGCUCUUAUCUCAUCUUCCUUUGCUUUUGUACUGUGGCUCCUGGAGCAGGGUGCUGCAGAAGUAGGAAAGGUCACUACCAACCCAUACAGAGAGGAAGAACAAUGUCUAGGCAAAUAAAAUAGACUACUGUCCAAGGUGGCCUGUAAAAUACAGUCACCACCCUUGUUGUGGAACAAACAGCUUUUUUAAAAUGAAUUGUAUUUCCUGGCCUGAUUCUUUUACAGAACAAAGAGUGAGUUUCAGAAUCAUUCAGCUAUAAUUUCAUUCUCAACAAUUAAACAUAUUUCCACGGUCUCUUUGGGUAAGAAUUGCACACUCACAGGUCUCAUUACAUAUUCAAAUCUGUUUGAGCAUAUUUUAGUACAAAAUCUGACUCAGAAUAACGCCUAACAAAAACAAUACGCUUACCCUAAUUUAAGAGAGCAGAUUCACUGCAGCUUACGUGACCUCUGCCCUGACUUUCACCAGCCUUAGAAAAACUGAUUUAAAUGUUAUAAUAUCACAAAAGAUUUAAUGAUAGCAUUUAUUUAAUUGCUCCAGAUCUAGUUGUUUUCAUAAAAACUGUAUUCAUUUUUUCCUGUUAAAUUCUAGAUUGUUUUUUACUAUAUACUCCUAAUACUGGAAUAAAACAAUUUAACACGCACUGUUUACUUCCUCAAAGAAAAAUGCCCAUUAAUAACGUAAGGCUCCAAAACUACUGACUUCCAUUAACUCAAACAUCUGAUCAUCCAAUUAUUUAUGCUUUGCUUUCACUUCAAUCUUCUGACAAUAACUUGAAAUGUUUCUGAAGCCCUCCUAGACUAGUACCACUACUUCCUACUACCAUUAGACUUCUUUUUAAAACUUAAUUGCUGUGUGAUGCACUGACAGAUCCACUCUACUACUACUAAGGAAAGCACAAAUGCAACCACCAACUGUUCAUGAAUUGCAGUUAUGGUCAAUUUGUACUGUCCACCUUCACUUGCUUUAUUAUGCCCACACAUAUUUAUCAUUUACAUCAUUUGCUUUUUUUAAUACGGACAUUUAAUGUACAUUGCACAGCGAUAUACAAAAGAUUUUAAAGCUUUAGAAGUUAGAAUUAUAAUUAAAAACAAACUUUUUGUUUCUUCACCCUGUGUACUCUCUUCAUAAAACUGCUACUCCUGAACAUAAAUCAAAUGACUACAUCAACAAGAUGUUUCUUUGACUUAUCUUGCUCAGGAACAUUGCUUAGGAAAGCAAACAUUUUCAGCAGUAGUCAGGAUUGUUCUUUCUCUUUUAUAUUUGUUGAUGUCUCAGAGUUUCUCACUUUCUUCACUAGAUAUAAUAAGAAAUAUCUAUAUCCUAGACAAGUUUACACUCAUGUUAUUAAAGGAAACAAGCAACAAUAAAAUUGAUUGUCAUGUGUCUAUGUAGAAAAUUAUGUUAAAAAUAGUAAGAUUUAUGUAAAGCUUAAUAAUUAUAGUGAUGAAGUUAGAAAGUCCCAUGUAUAUCUAAUUACAGUUGAGCAGCUUGGUUUCAGAGGAAAAGACCACCCUAAAAUUAUAUUUUAGGGCACACUGAGCAAACUGCAGUUUAAGGAGCUGAAGUUUAUAAGAAAUUUUAGUUCUUGAUAGAACAUAUUUACUAAUUUACAUUGUCACAAUAGAGAGUGACAUAGGAUAAGAAGCUUGUCUGGUGGCUUGUCUUUCAUGUCGCUCUCACCACUUCCAAAAUGCACCACCCACCACCCCACUGUGCUGAGAUCCACUGGUCUCCAUAUGUUCAGCAAGCACUGAUGAAUGAUAAUAGGUGCCAUUUUUUCCACAUGGAGGAAUUCAGUUCCACACCUUUGCUUCAUAUCCACUUCCAUGUCAGAUGCCAUGUUGUCAGACUGCCCCUCUCUGCUGCCAUCUGUCACACAGCAACAAAAUGUAACAGAAUAUUGGCAGGAACUUUCAACCUCUACUACCAUACCACCAACAUCCACCUCUGAAGUUAUGGGCCCACAUAGUAAAAUGGGAGGCAUUACUUUCAGAGCAGCCUUUGUAUAAAACACAGUUGUAGCAGGACUACUUUAUUACAGACUAGUGCAGUAACAAGAAAGUUAACACAUACAUUUUAGGUACCAGGGACUAGGUAGAAAGAUUUUUUGUUCAGAUAGUACGUCCCUUUUAUAGUCCUUUCAUUUCUUAGCUGUGUUUGUAGCAAUGCUAAGCACAAAAACACAAUCGAAGUGUCAGCUCCUGCCAGGAGUAUCAAUGACUUCUCAGAAGUCCAGCAGACUGUCUAUAACUGAGUUUUCAGACACUCAGUCACAUUUGAGUGAAACCCCAACCAGUUCUAACAUCUAUCCUCUCUGCCAAAGAUCAAACCAUGUCUGUCUUACAGCCUUUUUGUCAAAUCUUAGAAGCAGAUUAUGUUUAGUGUCACUUUUAAAUGGCAAAAGCAUGACACAAUGCAGACAAUAAACCUCAAGAAAACAUAGUGACAACAAACAUCUUACCUCGCAAUUCCUAACACAGUUUACUAAAGACAUCUUAUGACAGUGCUUACAGCAGUUUCUAAGAUGCAAAAAAUUAGUCAGAAUCCUGACAAAGCAAGUUCUUUUCCUGUUUGACCUAACAUCAGAUUUCAACUUUUCUUUGGAAUGUUUAUACGGGAGAUAAAAGAAAAGUUAGGCUCCUCAACAGCACCAGUGAAGCUAUGCAUCAGAACUCGUUCAGAGGGCCAAGAACUUAACUUCUGUGAUGUUUUCCCAUUGGAGGCAGCUUAUUUUUCCCUUGCAGCAAAGAACUUUUCCAGUUUGUGGAGACAAGUGUUUGGAUUUGAAAUAAGGCAUCUGCUACUUGGAGGUUAGAGAAGCAAUGACCGCAGAGAAGUACAUCUAGUAGUCUUCCUGUUCAAGUUUCAAUUGGUGGUGGACAGAAUUGCCUGAGGUCAGGGCUGUCAGGAACCUGCCAUCUGGCCAGUAAUCACCAGUAAAAUAAUUGCCCAAGGAGAGAGACAAUGUCUCCAAAUACUGUAUAUCGUUUUCUGCUUCACCUUACUUCCCAGUCUAUGCACUGGGGGGUUGCCCUGAUUCCUAAUUUAUAUGUUAACUAUCUUCAUUGCCAUUUAAAAGUAACAUAAACCCUGAGCACUUCCCUGUACUAGAAUGUGUACAUACACUCGCACAUAGACGUAUUGAGGGAUACAAAUCUUAGAGUCAUGCAUUUGUAUUAUAAUGUAUGAUACAGACCACUGAUAAAGAUGUAUUUACUACUAUAACCUGCAAAUCUAUUACUCUUAACUCUUCACAGCUUUUAAACUACAAUAAGUUGGAAGGAUUCACACUGGAGUUAAGAUCCCAGAGUUUUACGUAUUCUACAAUAUCACAGCAAAAUACUGUCACCCCUAAACACAUAAACAAUUUUGAGGGAGAAGUAAGAAAUAAGAAAUAUCGAAGAUGAGAGCUCAAAAUAUCAUCCAAUCUACCUGUGAUCCAGUCUACUGCAUUACACAAAUUCUGCACUUCUGAUCUGUAACACAGAUCAUUAGCUAAAACCACAAAUGCAGCUGAAUUUGAUAUUUCCUUUCUAGCAGUUAGACUGAGCACUUGCAGGAUUAUAAAGAUCUUAUUCUUGCUCAUAUGUUUCUUAGCAAGGAGAGGAAGUGACAAAGACAUUGAAAAGCAAGUUGGAGGUCAAUGCUGUAGAUUUUUAAAGCCAUUUGGCCAAGCAUUCUGUAACCAAGGAGUCAGUAAGCCAGAAAUGACUGGAAAAUUGGUAUCUUUGAUUUAAUGGUAAGUGUUGGAUGUGUUCACGGAACAUAGUGAAUUAGUCCCAAUAUUGUUCUAAGCAAUUCCCAUUAAAUAGCUGGAAUGAGAAAAAAAAAAAAAACACCACUCAUGUGGUGGUGUCACGAUCCACCACUUUGAUGCCCUGCCACUAAGGAGAUGUCAGCUUUUAUCUUGUCUUAUUUUCUGAAGCUUUUAUAGAACAUAAAUAAGCUUGGCUCAAAUACUUCUGAGAGAACUCUAGAAGCCUGGUUAUUUUUAGGUUUUUCAUGAAUUAGCUGCCAAGUUAAUGAAAUGCUAACGUAAUAAAAUGAAAAAUCAAUUUGCCUUGCUUUGCUGCUCUUUCUGCUGGUAUUAUUAAGUCAAAUUUAUUUGAACUACAAGUGUCACAGGCAUCUACUUAAAUCCAUUUAAAGUCCAUGAUGAACAAUGGAAGAAGUUAAUUGCUAUCUAUUACAAAAAGGAAUUUAUUAUUUAUUAAGUGGGAAGCUACACACAUUUUUUCCUUGCCAAAUCUGAAUACUACACACAAGAAAGAACACAGAAGGCCUCAAUGUACUAAGACUCAAUCCAUUCCUGUUUAGGCAGUGUACUCACCUCACCACUCCACCAGCCCUCAAUUUCAGCAACCCUCAUUCUUUCUUCCCAAGCUACUUUCGUAUUCUGUAAAUAACUGUCAGUUCAUCUUGCAAUCCCCAUCCCAUUUCGUACCUUAUUUUGUUGUGGGACAGUGAAAGUCAUAACCUUGCUAAAUGAGUAAACAAGCUCAGCAACUACUUGAGCCAGAUGUAAACACACACAAGGUACCUGGUUCUACAUGUGACCAAGUUGUUGCACAGGUAUAAAAAGUUGUAAGCACAUACAAUAAAGGUGGUUCUCAGGUCUCUUGCCACAUUUUGUUCCAUUAUUGUAUUCUAAUUUAGAGUAUGUUAGCCCUUGUGAUGUCAACCGAGAACCUCAUAUCACUCAGUGUACUUCAACAUCUCUCCAACAGUUAAACUUAGGUAACACAAUCUUUACUUUCCAGAAAGGAAGCUGAGGUAGAAAAAAAUCUGAGAUGCUUGGAAAGCAUUGAACAACUUUGGAUCUCUUAAUUAAGUUAAUGGAACUUGGAACUCAACCCAUUUCAUAACUUGAAAGUUUUCAAAAAUAAUACAUCAAAAGAAGUUGUGUGAGAAGUCAGAAUGUGAACAAACACAGAACUAAGACAGGAUUUCUCAGGCUAAGAAAUGGAGUCACGGAGUUGAUCAGAUCAAUCUAUGUCCAUGACAGGGGGCAACAGGCCUCUGCCCUCCCCCCACUCCAGUCCCACAAAAAUGGGAAGGAAGGAAGGGAGGAAAAGAACAGCGGCAACAAUCUAUGGAGGAAAACUUAUUUUACUAUAAUAUUGGAAUGCAAGAUAACACAAUAUAUACAAUUUAAUUGAAAUUGAGAUUAAUAAAUCAGACAAGAUGAGAGAGUUCCCGGGACCGAGUCAAACCUGAAAAGCUUGAAACGGCCAGGAAAGCACCCUUCAGCAGCCACUGCAAGGCAGCAAAAAGAGUGCCUCCCCCUACCCAGAAUGGCCAGAUCCCGUGACUGCUGUAAUGUGCAGGGAUAGGUACUUGGAAUUGGGGCAGUGACACUUUAAUGCCCCGUACACUACAUGAUGUUUUGAUGUGGAAUACUGAAACCCAAAAACAAAAAACAUAGAACCAUGACGAAAGUACAGAACAGAAUGUUCAAGUCACCAAUAUAUGACUUAAGGCAUACUUUAUUCAAGAACAAGAUUCCUGGACAGUUAUGUUUACAAGAAAAUUUAAAAAAAAAAAAAAAAAAAGAAAGAAAAA